AUGGUACACGAACACAGUGGAAGAAAAUUUUACAAACUUUAUAAAAACUUUCAAUCGAAACUAGCAGCCCAACAGGCACAAGAAAGAAAAGAAGAACAAAUCAAAAGAGAAAGAACCCAAGCGGAACAGCGAGCAAUAAGAGCGGCAUCUAGAGGAGCGACGGUCGAACGAGUCACAAUGCCUCAAAGACAAAACACGACUUUCUUAGCUGAAAAUCAAGAAAAUGAGGAAGAAGACCAAUAUGGCCAAAAUGGAGAUCUUCAAUUUUUGGGUGACAGAAACAUAAUUGAGGAAGAGGAAGAUGAAGAUGAUGGGGACGAAGAGAAUGGUGAAGGAGAGGAUGAUGAUGAGGAAGAAGAUGGAAGUGAUAGAUUAGGAGAAGAAAACAAUCAAGUUAAUGACGAGGCGAAGAUCAAGAAGAUCAAGAUCCAGUUUAACAGAAGACCGACCAAAGAAAAUAUCCAACAAGAUGAUGAAGUUGAACAGGAUGAUAGGUCGAGUGACACUGAAAAUCUGAUUGAUAAAAUGCCGCGUCCCGCCUCUGAAAAGCGCAAAGACAAGCAAAACCGGCAGAAUGCCCUCCUUGAAGAACUAGUCCAGGCAGUUCACAAAGGAACGACGAAAGAAGUCAAGAAAGCCUCGGCGAGACUAGCCAAAGAAUUCGGCAUUUCAGUUCCAAAAACAAAAGGUGUAGAGAGAGCUGAGGCAACGGCGAAGCCUUCUUCGAGUAAAUCAUCUGCUUCGGAGAAGACCAAGAGGAAGACGAUUGAGGUGAUAACCCAAGUAGAAGCGAGUAAUCAAGGUGGAAGUGCUGCCGCUUUUAGGGGUAAAAGAGCGGGGAACCGUAAAUUUCAAAAUAACAAUAAGAGGUUUAACGAUUCAUUCAAAAAUAAUAGAGGCUUCACUCACAAUAAUCACCAAAAUUUUAAAGCACAAUACUCACCUACCAUCAACCCUAAUCAAUUUAAUCAAUUCCAACAACAACAAUACGUAACUUACCCGAAAAACUACCAAAUGAUGGACCCUCAAUUGAUGCAACCGGUAAAACAAUCUCCUGCGCCCUAUAAUAAUGGUGAAAGUAGUCAGAAUCAGAGUUAUCAAAACAAUGAUCAGUUCAAGAGCUACAAUAAAGGUGCAGGAGGCGGAAAUAAUGCAAAGAAUGCAGGAGGAAACAACAGAACCAAAGAAUAA